AUGAACACAACAAGAGUCCAUGGGACAACUGUUGUGCCUCCUCCUAUGCCUCCUGGUGCUACUGUACUGGCUUUGAAUCAUGCUGAUUCCUCAUAUCGUUCCAAUAGUUACCCGCAAAUGACCCUCAACGCCAUGCUCAAUUCACCUGCUAGGCUAUCACAGCUCUAUCUCCAUCCAAAUAAACUCAAUGGAGCUUUAUGGUUUGGUAUUGGCCCAUCUGUCAACGCUUUCAUUCGGGCAACUUGGCAAGGAUACUACAUGUGGCCUUGGAAGAGUUGGAGGAAGGUUCCUGAUGAAAGGAGGGAGUCAUGGUGGCAAACGUUUGUGGUUAGGAGAGAAGGGAGGGACUCUCAAGGAGUUCCUCCUAGAACUCCUUUGCAAAAUUUCUAUUGGGACUCUGAGUUUAAUGACUUGGUCUACGCUCUAUGGAAGAAAGAAAUAUGGACAACCAUUGACACUCCUGUUGGAGCAUUGAGCGACCGAAGCAGCCAAAAAGAAGAGCAAGAAGGCUGCAAAAUCCCGCAAAUGAUUGAGUCUGGUACUAAUGAACGGCCAUCUUACACUGACCUAGUCAGGAAGACACACACCCGAAAAGAUGGAACUUUCGUGGACUAUCAUGCUGAAGAACUGGUUACUCAAGCAGAGAUCGAAGCCAUACAGCUCUCUAACACUGAAAGAUCACCCGGGAGUCGAAUUGCAUCAUCGGCUCCUUCUCGCCUUAUGUUAAACAAAGCUUAUCUGAAGUUGGUGUUGGUUUUCACUGUUUUACCUUUCCUCUCAGAGAAUGCUAAGGGUAAGAGGGGACAUGUUUAUGGACUGGGCAGUGCCCAAUACAGGGAGCAUGUACCUUCUUCACGCGUUCCUAAUGGUCUUGCCCACAAGCUGAAGCUGAAGAUGCGUGUAGGCAGUCUUGAGAAAAGCCUCAAAAGUGUCAAUCGGCUCCUCCAAACACUUCUGCUCCAACAAGCACCUACUGGACAGACUUCUGCUCAGCCUCAAGCCCCAACUACUCAGCCUAACCCUGUCAAUGGCAAGUAG